AUGUCGGACCACGAAGGCGCUGGCAGGCUGCAGAUCAUCGACACUCUGGGGUUGCCAAGCAGAGGGCCGGUCGAUAGGUCUGGGGUUCAGAUACCCAGCCGCACGUGGAGACCGUCAUAUCCCCACUGUAGUUCGGCUGAUCUUGAUCGAAAAAGCAAACCCAAGGACCUCGCUUCUCUUAAAGUUGUCCAGUUCAAUCAAACGAUAUACUCCGUGUCCUCCAUUAAGAUGUCCCACUUCGCCGAACACCCCCCAUUGCAACCACCCUUGAAGCAGCCGCCGCAGGCCAUCCUUCAUUCCGGGGACGAAAUCCAAUGGCUCCCAAUUACCGAUGCUCUCGGCCCAAUAUCGUCAUUAAAUUGA